AUGGAGCAAAUACCCCUCAACUCUGAAGCCUCUGUAGGCGAUACCCACAAGCAGACGACCUCAACACUCCCCCCAGACGUCGUCCAAUGUCUGGACAAUGCUCGAUUUCUUCACUUGGCAACAUGCACCGAUAAUAUGCCCCACGUCUCCCUCAUGAACUACACUUACCUCCCAUCUUCUCCUUACUCCAACUACCCGGUCAUCAUCAUGACAACAAACCCAGCUUCUCGAAAGACUUCCAACCUCGUGACUAAUCCCAACGUAUCUUUGCUCGUCCACGACUGGGUUUCUCACCGACCGCCAACUCACGGCCGCCGACCAUCCGGCGGUUCGCCUAGUCCUGAGCACCGUUCAAGUCUCGCCUCGCUCCUUCUAAACCUCAAUACAUCAGCACUCUCUAGUAUCAGCGCGACCAUAGGAGGUGCCGCUCGCUUAGUGCCUAGUGGAACAGAGGAGGAGAAGUAUUAUCGCGAGCAGCAUCUCGAAAACAACACUUUCGACGAGUCUGCAACCCAGCCAUUUCAACGCGAGAACGGGCUGGUUGAGGAUGGGGGCCGCAGCUGCUUCGUUGCUGGCGAGGAAGUCAGGGUCGUAUCGGUCGAUAUCAAGGACGUGCGCAUCAGUGAUUGGAAGGGCACUGUAAGAGACUGGGAAAUAGUGCCAGAAGGGAACAUGGUUAACGGAACCCAGUGA